GUAGCAUAGAAAAACCGGGACUCGUUUUGACUCAAAACAAAAGAAAAUUGUAUUUGAACUCUUAGAUUUUGCAUCUUCAAUCCUUUAUCUAUUCUCGCCACUCUCGCCACUCUCGCCGAAUAGAUCCGGGCAAAUUGGGAACUCGGCAUUCGUCAACCCUACAAUUAUGGACUACCGCAACAAACUCGUUCUCGCUCCCAUGGUUCGCGUUGGCACUCUCCCAUUUAGAUUACUAGCUGCUCAAUAUGGUGCAGAUAUCACUUACGGUGAGGAAAUCAUUGAUCAUAAGAUGCUCAAGUGCGAGCGUCGAAUCAACGAACUCAUUGGAUGCACUGAUUUUGUGGAGAAGGGAACAGAUAGUGUUGUUUUUAGAACCUGCAAUGAAGAAAAGGAUAGGGUUGUAUUUCAAAUAGGCACAUCCGAUGCUGUGAGAGCCCUAACUGCUGCUCAGUUAGUGUGUAAUGAUGUCGCUGCCAUAGAUAUUAACAUGGGUUGCCCGAAGUCAUUUUCUGUGAGUGGUGGGAUGGGUGCUGCUCUGCUGUCCAAACCAGAGCUUAUUCAUGAUAUCUUAACAACAUUAAGGAGGAAUUUGAACACACCCGUAACUUGUAAGAUCCGACUCUUAAAAUCACCACAUGACACUGUGGAAUUGGCCAGAAGAAUUGAGAAAACUGGUGUUUCUGCUCUUGCAGUCCAUGGACGAAAGGUCACAGAUAGGCCCAGAGAUCCUGCUAAGUGGAAUGAAAUAGCUGAUGUUGUGUCAGCAUUAUCUAUUCCAGUGAUAGCAAAUGGUGAUGUUUUUGAGUAUGAUGAUUUUGAACGCAUUAAAUCAGCCACAGGUGCCGCAUCGGUGAUGGUUGCCAGAGGUGCACUUUGGAAUGCAUCAAUAUUUUUGCCUGAAGGUAAAGUCUCUUAUGAAGAUGUAAAAAGGGAAUACAUUAGGAAGUGCAUCUUAUGGGAUAAUGAUAUAAAAAGCACCAAGCAUACAGUAAAGGAAAUGAUAAUACAUUAUUCUUGCCUAGAACUGGCUGAAGGGAAGGCUGUGAUCAAAUCAGAGUCCACAGCUGAUCUAGCGGAACUCUAUGGGCAGAAAGAAUACUACCAGUUAGUUAAACAAGGCUCUUUUUAUGCUUCUUGAUAAUGUCUUUGGAGCAUAAAUAUUCAGAGUUAGGACAUGGCUUCCCUGGUUAAGAAUUUGGGCAGCUCCGAGUUUACUUGGCACAUUACGAGAAACUUACACAACUCACAGUUGAUAUUAUUCUGGAAUUCGAACUCAAUCAUUUGUUUGUCGUGGAUGAAAAUAGUUAGAUGUACAAGCAUGGAUAUAGAUAAUGCUAUAGGCUAUAUUCGUGAUUUGUAAUCAUUUUUUAUACAUGGAAGUGUAAUAUUUAUUGUAGAGGCUUUUUUUUUUUUUU